CCAAUCUCAGUCAGGUGACUUUAUUUCGUCAAAACAGUUCGGAUACUGGCAAUCUGUGAAAACGGUGUAAAAUACCAUUGUGUGGAUAUAACAUUUCCUGAAUCCAAAUUAUAAACUGUUGGCACAAUGGCCCUUCUAUCGGCAGUCAAAGGCAAAUUAAUUUCUGUCAUUGGUGAUGAGGACACUUGUGUAGGCUUCUUGCUAGGAGGAGUUGGCGAAAUAAACAAAAACCGCCAUCCCAACUUUAUGGUAGUGGACAAAAAUACAGCUGUGAGUGAAAUUGAGGAUUGUUUUAAGCGUUUCAUCAAACGAGACGAUAUCGACAUCAUUCUCAUCAACCAAAAUUACGCUGAGUUGAUCCGUCAUGUGAUCGAUGCACACACUGCCCCCACUCCUGCAGUGCUUGAAAUUCCUUCCAAAGAUCAUCCGUACGAUGCCAGCAAGGAUUCCAUUUUACGUCGCGCAAAGGGAAUGUUCAAUCCUGACGAUAUGAUUGCCAACCGCGGCUAAAGUAAAGCCAACCACACAGAAGAAGAAUUACACUUUGUAGCAUUCCUGUCCCGACUUUUCUUUUAUUCUGUUUUGCUUUACUUCCCGGCAUCUGCACAUAUAAGAUAGCUGAACGAGAAAUUACUGUACAUUAAAGUACUUCACUUACAAACGUUGCAUAUGUGUAUGUGUGUUUGCUUAAGACUACUGUCCUUGGUAUUGUUAUGUAUCUGUAGUUGAAAUAAAAGAAUAAUUCUUCUAAGCCUGUA